UUUGGGUUUGCAAGUCAAACUCUCAUAUCUGGAUCCCAAACCCAAACACUUUCUUCUUCACUUUCCUUAAAACUCUAUUCUUGACCCGGACCCCUCUAUAAAUAUCCCAUUCCCAUUCCCUUUCCUCAUUCAAACGCUGUAUAUAUCAUCAUAUUUGAUCAUAUCCUCCCUACUCCAACAAACAUAACACAAACCUCCAUGGCUUCAACCACUACGCCUCCCUCCAUCACCUCCCUCCAUCCAGACAUCAUCAAAUCCCACAUCCUCAACAGACUCGACGGCCCCGCUCUUGCCUCCACCAGCUGCGCCUCCCCCCAGUUCCUCUCUCUCUGCUCCGAAGAUCAUUUGUGGAGGUCCAUUUGCAACUCCUCCUGGCCCUCCACCACCCACCCCACCGUCCGCCGUGCCAUCGCUGCUUUCCCUUCCGGCCACCGCUCCUUCUACUCCGAUUCUUUUCCCUCCGUCCGCUGCCGCGGCCCUGCUUACCAGUCUGAGAAAGCCCGUCAAGUACGUGUGCCGGAGACGUCGGAAUUUAUCUCCGCUGUGGAUAUUUAUUGCGACGAGAAACUAGUGUACUCCAAAGUCUUGGUAACGGAGACGCUUUCCGGCUGGUUCCUGAGCUCGCCUUUCAGAAUCGACCUCUUGGAGCCCAAAGAAACGGUCCCGACGCCGCUGAAGUACGACGGCGAGGACGGCGCGUGCAUGGAACUCGCAGAGGACCGCAUAACAGUAAGCUGGAUCCUGAUCGACCCCACCAAGAAACGGGCGGUAAACGUCGCCAGCCUCAAGGCGGUGGAGGCGCGGCGGCACUGGCUGACGGAGGACAUACAGCUGCGCUACGCCACAGUGAUGGCCGGCCAGGGCGGGGAGCUAGUGCAGUGCGGCGUGGUAAUGACCUGCGGCGGGAAGGAAGGGGGGGAACUGCAAGUGAGGGAGGUGAGCAUGCAGGUGGAGGACAUGGAGGGCAGAACCCUGACGGGGAUAGACAGUUUGGUAAUUUUGGAUGAGGCCAUGGAAGGA